AUGGUGGAAAAAGGUAUAGAGAUCAAUAUGGAUGACUUUUCAGUCUUUGGGGCCUCUUUUGAUGGAUGUUUAGCUAAUUUGGAGAGGAUUUUGAAAAGAUGUGAGGAGUCAAAUUUAAUAUCAAAUUGGGAGAAAUGUUACUUUAUGGUGACAGAAGGAAUAGUCUUGGGCCAUAAAAUUUCACGCCAUGGUAUUGAGGUAGACAGGGCCAAGAUAUCUACAAUGGAAAACUUACCUCCACCGGUGUCUGUUAAGGGGGUUUGUAGUUUUUUGGGCCAUGCUAGAUUUUAUAGGAGAUUUAUAAAGGACUUUUCUAAUAUUCUGAAGCCCUUAUCCACUCUACUUAUGAAUGGAGUGGUAUUUGACUUUUAUGCUGAACGUGUAAGGGCAUUUAACACGCUGAAGGAGAAAUUAGCAUUUGCUUCCAUUGUUGUACCACCAAAUUGGGAACUUCCUUUUGAAUUGAUGUCCGAUGCGAGCGAUUAUAUAGUAGGAGCGAGCGUUACAAAUCUAGUUGUGGAUCAUUUAUCUAGAUUGGAAAAAGUAGAAGAGCCUAAUGAGAAAGAGGAACAAAUUGAUGAAAACUUUCCAGAUGAACAGUUAUUUUCCAUUGAAAGUGAAGAAAGCUACCAUGUAAUUAGAAGAUGUGUCCCGGAAGAGGAGAUAACUUCCAUUGUUACUCAUUGCCAUACUUUACAUUGUGGUGGUCACUUUGGAGGAACAAGGAUAACAUCAAAAGUUUUCCAAUGUGGGUUUUAUUGGCCUACGCUAUUUAAAGUUGCUAGUGCAUUUGUCAAGAGUUAUGAUCAUUGCCAAAGGACCGGUAACUUAUCAAGAAGAGAUCAAAUGCCUAUGACUGGAAUUUUGGAAGUUGAGUUGUUCAAUGUAUGGGGAAUAGAUUUUGUGGAGCCUUUACUGUCAUCUAAAUGGGUGGAAGCUGCCGCAACUCCUACUUGUUAUAGUAAAGAGGUACUUAAAUUCCUUCAUAAAAACAUUUUUACCCAGUUUGGUACUCAAAGAGCAAUUAUUAGUGACAGAGGAAGUCAUUUCUGCAACAAGUCAUUCACUGCUCUAUGCGCUCGUUAUGGAGUUCAUCAUCGAAAGGCCUUCUUCUAUCAUCCACUUGCCAAUGGUCAAGCAUAA